GCCAUUGAUUAUAUUGUUUGGCACUUGGCACUAUUUGGUUAUUUUUGAAGUGAACUUGGAGAAUCUCCUAAAAGUAAUUUAAAAUUCUAGAAUGGCUUCUACAAGCGCUGACUCUCAAGCCACCAUUGCCCAGAAAACAUGGGUAAUGGCCAACAAUAUGGAAACGGUUCUGAGUGUGGAUGAAAUAUAUCGCUACGACAAAAAACAACAACAAGAUAUUCUAGCAGCAAAACCAUGGGAAAAGGACCCUCAUUUUUUCAAAGACAUCAAGAUCUCAGCUCUGGCAUUACUCAAAAUGGUAAUGCAUGCCCGUUCUGGUGGCACUUUGGAAGUUAUGGGUCUGCUUUUAGGUAAGGUGGAUGCUAACACAAUGAUAGUGAUGGACUCCUUUGCGCUACCUGUUGAAGGGACAGAGACUAGAGUCAAUGCUCAGGCACAGGCUUAUGAAUACAUGACAGCUUAUAUUGAGGCUGCUAAACAGGUAGGUCGACAGGAAAAUGCCAUAGGCUGGUACCACAGCCACCCUGGUUAUGGCUGCUGGUUGUCCGGUAUUGACGUGUCGACACAGAUGCUUAACCAAAACUUCCAGGAGCCUUUUGUGGCCAUUGUCAUUGACCCUGUUAGAACUAUAUCUGCAGGCAAGGUGUGCUUGGGUGCUUUUAGAACUUAUCCUAAGGGUUAUAAACCAGCAAAUGAAGAACCAUCUGAGUAUCAAACAAUUCCACUAAACAAAAUUGAGGACUUUGGAGUACACUGCAAGCAAUAUUACUCACUAGAAGUGUCAUAUUUCAAGUCUUCACUGGACCGCCGACUAUUGGACUCACUGUGGAAUAAAUAUUGGGUGAACACACUUAGUAGUUCCAGUUUGAUCACCAAUGCAGAUUAUACCACUGGACAGAUCUUUGACUUGUCUGAUAAGUUAGAACAAAGUGAAGUUUGUUUAGGUCGUGGCGGUUUUAUAGUAGCAGGAGCGGAUCCUCACGAGAAAAGAACGGAAGACAAGCUAGGAAAAGCGACAAAAGACGCGUGCAAGACUACCAUUGAAGUGAUCCACGGUCUCAUGGCGCAGAUGAUCAAAGAUCGUUUAUUCAACAGUGUUAGCGGAAGACCGGCGCCUGCCACACCCAUGAUUGAAUAGGAUAUUAUAGGCAGUGUAGUAAUUUUUAAUAAUUUUAAUGUAACUGUAUGUAACUCUUUUAUAAGCUAUUAAAUGAUUCAAAAAUAU